UCUAAAACAGCCAAACCAAUAAAUCGAGGCCCCUAUCUUAUUUCCCAAAGCUACACCUUGAACACAUAUAGUAAGUUAGUAACCAAUCAACCAUGGCAAAGGCCCAGGCAAUGGGCGCUCUCCUGACCGUCCUGGUGGUCCUCGCCACGUCGGCCGAGAUGGCGCACGGCAUCUGCAACCUGUCGAGCACCGGCAUCCGGGCAUGCCAGCCGGCGGCGGCCAUCCGCAACCCGACCGACCAGCCGUCGUCGGAGUGCUGCGCCGCCCUGGCGGGGGCCGACCUGCCGUGCCUGUGCCGGUACAAGAACGCCGCCGGCGUGUGGGUGAGGUUCUACAGGAUCGACAUCAACCGCGCCAUGGCGUUGCCGGGCAAGUGUGGUCUUGCGAUGCCAGCCAACUGCUGAUGAUCACCGGUGCCUUGCUGCGUAUACAGCUACUACUAUGUAGCUACGUGAUCGAAUAAAUGAUGCCCGUAAAAGACCUGUGUGUCAGAACUGUAUUAUGUAUUGUAUGUCCCGUCCACUGCAAAGUUGGACGCAUGAGUAUGAAUGGAGGAUCUUUCAUGACUCUCACAGAGCUUUAUUUGUGUUUGUCGAGCAAUCCUUAAUGAAAAUCAUUUGUUUUCAA